AUGAAGGUCAAGGUGAAAUCGUGGACCAUGGCAGCAUAUUGGUCGUGGGAUGUUAAAGAAGCCGAUGUUUGUGGCAUUUGCCACGUUGCUUACGAUGGAUGUUGCCCUGAUUGUACAACACCUGGUGACGAUUGCCCACUUAUUUGGGGUGAAUGCUCGCACGUCUUUCAUAUGCAUUGUCUUGUCAAAUGGCUCGACAGUUCAACCAAUGGCGAACAUUGUCCUAUGGAUCGACGACCUUGGAAAACGGCAGCAGCUCCUAGCUAA